AUGACUUGUCAGUUACCGAGCUUUGGAGAUUUACCAAUAGGAAAACGCAUACCCGAUACUUCGUUUGCGGUUGAUGCUUUUAAAUACAAGACUCCCGAGUUUACAUAUUUUCUAAGUCACUUUCACCAAGACCAUUAUGGCGGCAUCACAAAAAACUGGACUUUUGGUCCUAUUCAUUGCUCACCCAUCACCGCCAAACUCUUGGCACACGUCCUUCAAGUCCCCUCCGAAUACAUCAAAGCUCUCCCAAUAGAUGAGCCGUUUGAUCUUGGAAAUGGGCAUACGGUGCGACUCCUGGACGCUAAUCACUGUCCUGGAGCUGUUGUGUUUGUUUUUGAUGGGAAUGGUCGACGUGUGGUCCAUUGUGGGGAUUUUAGAUAUCGGGACGAAAUGAGGGAUUGGCCGGGGUGGAAAGAUGCUGCUGGGGAAGUAUUGCCGGUGGAGGAUGUUAUGCUUGAUACUACGUACUGUAAUCCUCGGUUUAAGUUUCCCAAACAGGACACUAUAACCGAGGCUAUAGGAGAUCUCAUAUUAAGACAAGUCAACUCGGACAAGGCAACGACUUAUGCAACCCUUACUGCCGAUUCACCCAACAACAACAACAACAAGUCUCUCUGGGAUCAUGCAUCAACCCUGUCUCCACCGCGUCGACGCAAGACUCUGUUCGUGGUGGCCACAUAUACAAUAGGCAAAGAGAAGGUCUUGCAAGCCAUAAGCGACAAAUGCGAUGGUCUGCCUGUCUACGUCACACCAGAGAAGAGAGAGAUAUUGGCGCUACUGGAGCUAGAGUAUGCGGGAAUAUUUGUGACAGAUCCAAAGAUGUCCCCAAUACAUGUUGUUUCAUGGGGAAUGUUGGGAGAAAUGGCCCCUGGGGGCUGGAAGUUUUUGCCGAAUUGGUCGUUUGCCCAGCAGUAUCUUGAUUGGAUGAACUCCCUCAUUGUGGAUGCUUCGGACCACUAUACCCAUCUCACUGGCAUCGUCCCCACCGGGUGGACCUGGGAAUUUCAGCGACAACACGGUACAUCAUCGGUGUUUCACAACCAGACCAAAACCGGUCAAGAGCAUUUGAAUAUGUACGAAGUACCUUACUCUGAGCACAGCAACUUUGAAGAACUCCGAUCAUUUAUCGAGUUUCUGCGUCCCGCUCGCGUGAUUCCUACCGUUGUAGGCAAGUCUCGCAAUGAGGAGAGAUUGGCCGCCUACUUUAGGGAUCUCGUGGAUGCGAAGCGCCGUCAUGAGAUGGGAUUCACGGGGCUAUUCGGAGUACGAAAACCACAUACAUCCCAGACGGACAAUAACGAAGGAGAGCCCAACCACAGUCCUAUCCCUCCAACACCACCUAAACCCCAGCCUGACUCGACACCCAAUCCGCCAAACACAUCCACAUCAACCGUGUGCUGCCCGAUCUGUAGCACCGUCACAGAUCGCGCAUCCAUAAACAGCCAUCUAGACACAUGUCUGAUUACAGGAUCGAUAUCAGAUGAACCUACUCAAAACUCUAAUCGCAAGAGAAGUGGGGGCUCAUUGAUAUCCCCGAAGCUAUCCAAGAGAAGAUCAGACAGUACAUCGUCACAGACAAAGUUGUCAGCGUUCUUUUUGCCUAGGUAG